AGAGAGAGUCGCUGCGUCCUGAACCACAUGUUAGGAAAUGGCUUUAAAAUACGUUUGAUCCUUUCUUUCGCCACUCAUAAGUAAAUCCGAGAUGUGGGAGGGGUGAUUACUGUGUGUUUAUAACUGGUAGAGCAGCUUUGCAGCGGGAUCCACUGUCAUCGCGUCCACUCCACACUGCAUCCUUACCGCGGAGCUUGUCUGUGUUUCUGCUUCCGCAUGGACAUGAAGAACAUGAGAGAGUACAUGAGCUGGCUCUACUACCAGUAUCUGCUCAUUACCGGGAUCUACGUGCUGGAGCCGUGGGAGCAGUCCAUCUUCAACACCGUGCUCUUCACUAUGGUGGCCAUGGUCAUUUACACCUCCUAUGUGUUUGUGCCUAUCCACGUGCGGCUGGCGCUGGAGUUCUUCUGUGAGCUGGUCAGAGGACAGCCUGAAAGCACAGUGGCCCUCAUGACCUGAAGAAGUGGCAGCAUUUUGAUCCAUCACUCAGGAAAGAAAGCAGAAGCCAGAUGAAAUGAAAAGGUCUUUUUGCGAAAGCCCCUUCAAGUCUUCCAUGUUUGACUUGAUUCCUGCUCCUGGGAGUUUGCCUGGGAGUUGACCACUAAAGAAGAUGUUUUGAAGAACCCAUUGACUUCCAUAUAGGAAAAACAAGUACUGUGGAAGUCAAUGGUUAGAGGUUUCCAGGAUUCUUGAAAAUAACUCAAGUAAAGAGUGAGUAAAUGAAGGUAGAAGUUUCAUUUCUGAGUGAAUGAUCUCUUUAACGUCCUUGUCAUCACUGGUUGAUAAUAAGGAAAUCGUCAUUUAUAGUCAUCUUUACACAGCCGGCCCUAAAGCGUGUAAAGAGAUGCUAUUAACAGUUUGUGUAAACACUUGUUUUUUUAAUGUCUGCUGCUUCAGGUUUGGUUUCUGUGCUGUAUAAUGAUGCCUUAUGACUCUGUAUGAGGAGUCCUUGAUCUGACUGAGAUAUGCUGAUUUUAUUUCCUCGCAAAGCCUUUAUUACAUAUACAUUUUUAUAAUUCUUUUUUUAAUAUACUCAUCUAUGCAAUGUGUGUACAUGAAGAUGCCGCACAUUCUCAAUGCUGACACUUUACAAUCCCACCCACUGCAGCGCGGAGGUGUCGGAAAACAUUACACCUUUAUACUUAACACAUUAUUAAGUAUACCAGGACCUUUAGUGAGACGUGAUUGGUUGAAAACAGCGCUCACGCUGACGUCAUGAUGCGAAAACACCGGUUGAAUCAUCCACAUGACCACACUGUACUUGGAGUUUCAUAAAAUCUUCAGAAAGUUUGGGCUUCAGUCACCUGACACUGCAUUUUUGUGUGGACAAACUGUGAAACCGCAUUAAAAAAAGUGCGGUUUUGAUAAUACCCGUGUUGGACAGCACCUGAGCGUCAAUAAUAGUGACGAGUCUGCAGUGAGAAUGUGUUGAAAGAUAUAAGCAGGUUUAACGUGCGCUCCACUUAAUCACAGCUCUUUUCACGAGUUCACACUUGCAAUCGUUUCAGAAUAAAGCGUAUUUGGCGGGGAGAGGAGAGGGCUCUGAGCUCGGGGAAGACACCCAAACUUGAGUUAUUCCCCUUAUCAGGAAACAGAGAGGAAUAGGUAUUCGAGCGAAGUAUCUAGCACGGCCCCAGAACGCUCCCCCGGGAUUGUAAUGCUUAAGAGGUGAGGUGACGGGGUGGUGGAGGGAUGCUAAAGUCGUAAGAUGCUGCAGGUAGGACAGCUUUGGUAUAUAUAGGGGUUUGGUCAAGAACUGAUUGGAUAAUAGAAUAAUUGUCAAUGACGUAUUUGAUACUGAAACUUCUGCGCGUGCUCCUCCCGAAAUUUGUUUAUAAAACAUCACUUAAUGCUCGUCCUCCAUCACUCCUGCCGUCUGAUAUAGAGUUGCAUGCAAUUGUUUGCAUGAAAUCUGCAGAUCUGGAACAACUGGUUUUCAUCGAAUUAUUGGCACUUGAAUGUUCAUUGUAAUGUUUUCAUCUCCUAAUAAGAAUGUAGUUAUCUUAGCCGAGCGGCUGAACACGUUUUCAAUACUUCUCACAGAUUUGCCACCUAAUCUAGUGCACUGUUUGGCUUAGUUAUGAACAGUGAACAAAGUUUAUUUUACAUAAAUGUGAUGUUUUUGUAUUUUUCUUAACUGUCAAUGUAAUGCCAUGAGAUUUCUCUUGAUUUGAUGACAAC